UCUGCGUGGACGUGAGGAUCUGAUCUGCUGCACCGUGUGCCUGUGUGUAUUAAUUUCAGAUACAACUCUUAUAAUAUACUUAUAAUUUGAUUAUAAUACAAUAAAUACAGUAAACCAGUCUGAUCUCAACUUCUACUGACAUACUGAGAAACUUCAGAGAACAUCCAGGAUCUCCUCAGCACAGAAACUGUGAACCAGCUCUACUAAACGAGUAAAACCCAGCGGACAAUGGCGAAAGCUAGCAUGCUCUCAGACCAGUUCAACUGCCCCAUCUGUCUGGACCAGCUGAAGGACCCGGUGACCACGGCCUGCGGACACAGCUUCUGCAUGGUGUGCAUCAACAGCUGCUGGGAUGAAGCAACUCCCAGUGGACUCUACAGGUGCCCUCAGUGCAGGCACAGCUUCACCCGGAGGCCCGUUCUUAAAAGGAACGUGAUGUUCGCCGAGAUGGCGGAGAAACUGAGGAACGCGGCGGCCCAGAGCGACUCGGACGCCGCCGGAGAAGUGGAGUGCGAUUCCUGCACCGGGAGGAAACAGCGAGCCGUCAAGUCCUGCCUCGUCUGCCUCGCCUCUUUCUGCAGAACCCACCUGGAGCCUCACUACGUAUCUCCUACCUUCAAGAGCCACAAGCUGGUCCGAGUGUCCGCAGGACUCAAGGAACUCGUCUGUCCUAGUCAUCAGAAACCGCUGGACGUGUACUGUCGCACUGACCAGCGCUGCGUCUGUGUCAUGUGCACGAUGGACGAACACAGCGGUCAUCAGACGGUACCCGCCGCAGCUGAGAGAGCCGACAAACAGAAACAACUUAAGGAGACUCAAAGAACAUCCCAGCAGAUGAUCCAGCAGAAGGAGAAGGAGCUUCAGGAGCUGAGGAAAGCUGUGGAGGCUCAUAAGAGGUCAGCACAGGCCGCUGUGGAGGACAGCAAGAUGGUCUUCAACGAGCUGAUCCGUCUGAUUGAGAGGAAGCGCUCGGAGGUGACGGCCAUGAUUAGAGCUCGGGAGAAGGAGGUGGUCAAGAGAACUGAAGGAGUCCUGAAGAGGCUGGAGAUGGAGAUUUCUGAGCUGAAGAGGAGAGACACCAAGCUGAAGGAGCUUCCAAACCUAGAAGAUCACGUCCAGUUCCUCCAGACUUUCCAGUCUCUCGUCAUCCCCCCAACCCCUCCACCCACCAUUACCAUCACCCUGACCCCACGCAGGACCUUCAUGGACGUGGCCAAACCGGUGAUGGAGCUUAAAAAGAAGCUGGAGGAGUUUUGCAGAGAGCAGAUGGAUAAUGUCUGCAGGGAAGUGACCCAGAUCCAAAUCCUUGAACCCAUAACAAGAAAGGAGUUUCUGGAAUAUUCCUUCCAACUGACUCUAAAUCCCAACACAGCAAACAGCCUCCUGUCUCUGUCCGAGGGGAACCGGGCGGUGCUCUACGAGGAUUUGUUCCGGCUGUAUCCCGUCCACCCCGACAGGUUCGACGCCUGGGCUCAGGUGCUGUGCAGAGAGGCAGUGUGUGGGUGUGGUUAUUGGGAGGUGGAAUGGAGCGGCAGCGGCGGAGUGGGAAUCGCGGUGUCGUAUAAAGACAUCAGCCGGAAGACGGAUUACGACUGCGUGUUCGGAUGCAACGAUAAGUCCUGGAGUUUGUCCUGCUUCCCGCAUGGUUACUCUUUCUGGCAUGACAGCCAAGAAACUACAAUACCCAGACUUCCCAGCUGCUCGAGAAUAGGCGUGUAUGUGGAUCACAGGGCGGGAACUCUGAGCUUUUACAGCAUUUCUGACUCAAUGACCCUCAUUCACAGAGUCCAGACCACGUUCACUCAGCCACUCUACCCCGGCUUUUGGCUCGGAGAAGAAUCCAGAGUGGUCUUAGGAGCGCUCCCAGAGUGAACCAUGGUGGAACUUUACUAAAGAACCCUUAAAACCUCUGAAAUGAUGAAACUUUUGGGAAUGGGAUUGGGAUUGGUGAUCCUUCAACAUGCUAAACUUACUAGGUCUCCGUUUGGUACCAAAUGCAAUAAAAUCCUCACAGCAAUGAGGACAGCAGAGACAGACAAUUCAACGAAAGCAGUAUAAACUCUUUUUAAUAUCCAUGACUUCAGAAGAAACUUACGAAACA